AGCACGAAAGUAUGAAAACCCGCCAACUGCCUAAAAGCUGCUCACCCAUAUUUGACGAAAAUUGGACUAGGGUUUGUAACGGAUAUUAUCCACCAGUGAUAGUCCAAAAAUAUGUUGAUAAAUUAGUGUCAGCAGGCGAGCCAUAUGUAGUAUUCAAAAUUAAAGAAAGUGUUUAUCUAAUAUCUAUGGGCGAGUCGGAAAUAUUUAAUGAGACCCAAGUUGCAUUAAAUGUUAAGGGACAUUUUGUUAAUCCAGCACUGGGAAAACAAUCGGAUACGUGGUCGCCCUUACAUGUUUACCCUAUAGAUUUCGCUAUACUGAGGAACUCGUGGCGGACUGUUUAUACACUGCAAAUAUGCCCGAUUCGAACUAUACAAUACUUAACUAUCCACUCUAUGAGAAGCAAUCCAUCCAUGCCCAAAUGAAAUACGGCUUUCAACUGGGCGGCGUGGUUGAAGACGACGGAUCCAGUUGUGCCAUCUAUUCAAAGAACUUCAAUUGCUGGGUUGCAGUUCUCUUCGGUUUGCUGCUAUGCUGGGCAAUCAUUUCAAGUCGUUUUCGAAUAUAAAACAGUGCAUACAAAUAGAUAUAAAACAAAACAAAUAAAUAAAAAAGGCAAGCGUUGAGACAUUCAAAAAAGCCAGAUUGUAAAUAUAGGGAGACAUAAAUUCAGUUCUAUUCCUUCAUGGAAGUAGUCCACAUCCCAAAACAAAAAUAAACUAUCAAAAUACGAGCAGUUGAAUCAAAAAAAGCGAAUCGUAAAUUUUGUAUAUUUAUUUUUUACGCUUUAGCUAACCAAUUUAAUUGCGAAAAUGUUGAGGAGGACUGGACAGAAAUCGCUCGAAAAACCUACAGGCUUCACCGAGCCGAAGCGCCUGGUUUUCAACAGGGAUAAUUUGCAGGUCACCUCACGUGUGACGAUGGGAAAUCGUGAUUAUGGAUACAUGAAGACCAACAAAGCGUGCACUCCGUUUCCAAAGAAAUCGAAUAGCUUCAGUGCACAAAUACUGACGGACCGUCUGCAAGGUGCCCAGCGGGAUUCAGUUUUCUCAAUAUCUGGCGAUGAUGAAGUCUCGAAGACAACGAUUUCCAGUGAGUCUUCAUUCGAGGAACUACGUCGAUGCCCUUUUCGUGAUUCGGAAAUGUCGUUUGAAAUGAAACGGAAGCGCUUCGAUGAGGGCGAAUUCACAAUAACUCGGGGCAAGAAAACCAGCGACUGGUAUCAUCCGGUAAUUGACUAUAAGCUGUCCGAGCAUUCCAAGCGAGACUCUCAGCAGCAUGCCUUGCAACAGCUGGAGGAGUUCUGUCGUGCCGCGAACAUCAAGUUAAGCAAGGGCUUCGAAACUCCGAUACAACUAUAACACUAUCUCCACAUCGGUCAUACACAUAUAUAUAUAUUUAAUUAUUUAUACAUAUUUUCUAAGUCAAUAAACAACUGGGAACUAUUUGUCCCUUGCAUCGGA